AUGGCAGCUAAUCGCGUUUAUGAAGCAUGGAAAGGAAGUAAUAAAUUCCUGUUUGGAGGAAGGUUGAUAUUUGGGCCUGACGCAAAGUCACUGCUUAUCAGUUUGGUGCUGGUCAUAGUUCCAGUUAUCAUCUUUUGUGUAUUUGUAGCAAGGCAUCUUCGGCAUGAAUUUUCUUCAUAUAAUGCAGGAUAUGCUAUUUUGGUGGUGGCAGUUCUAUUCAAUAUUUAUGUGUUGAUACUUCUCUUUUUUACUUCUGCACGCGAUCCGGGCAUUAUUCCAAGGAAUUUACAUCCGCCGGAGGAAGAGUUCCGUUAUGAUUCGUCUGUUUCUAUUGACAUUGGGGGACGGCAGACACCAAGCCUUCAGUUCCCUCGAACAAAGGAGGUAAUGGUCAAUGGCCUUCCAGUAAGGGUGAAGUAUUGCGAUACCUGUAUGCUGUAUCGUCCUCCUCGUUGCUCACAUUGUUCCAUCUGCAACAAUUGUGUUCAACGUUUUGAUCAUCAUUGCCCUUGGGUUGGCCAAUGCAUUGGACUGAGGAACUAUCGUUACUUCUUUAUGUUUGUUUCUUCGGCAACUCUUCUAUGCAUCUAUGUCUUUUCGAUCUCAGCAUUUUACAUCAAGGUUCUGAUGGAUCAUAAUCAUGGGACAGUGUGGAAGGCAAUGAAAGAAUCCCCUGCAUCUGUUAUACUAAUGGCAUAUUGUUUCGUCGCUCUGUGGUUUGUUGGUGGACUAACUGGCUUUCAUUUGUACCUUAUUGGUACAAACCAGACCACCUAUGAAAACUUUCGGUACAGAGCAGAUAGCAGGGUCAAUGUUUACAAUCGAGGGUGUAUAAAUAAUUUUCUCGAAGUAUUUUGUACAAAAGUGCAGCCUUCAAAAAACAAUUUUCGAGCUUUUGUUCAAGAGGAGGUACAGAGGCCACCUCCUCAAGUCGUCACCCAGGAACCGGAAUCAGAUACAGGAGGAGAUCAUCGUUCUAAGGUUGAAGAUGAUCUAGACAUCGGUGAAGACCUAUUGAAGAUAUCACAGCGCCGGAACAUUGAAGGAUUUGAUGAAGAAAUUCGGAGUAGAGGGAGCAACGGACCUUACCAUAAUACUUCUGAAGGGGAUUCAGUUUUGGGCUCAGAUCGUCGAGCUCCAACAGUUCGAUCUGACGAAAGGCACUCAAGUCGGAGGAGAAGCGAAAGCUGGGAAAUUGCGCCAGAUGUACUUGCCAAUUCGAAUGUAACUGAAACUAGAAGCUAUGUUUCUUCGCGUCAUUGA